AUGCCCUGGAAGCCGUUGCCCUCUGUCGCAUUUGCGAUUUGCACCUAUCCAUUCCAGGCCUCCGAACCCCGCCAUCUCCCGCUGCAGGUGGGCGACCACAUCUAUAUCAUCGAACAGGGCGGCGACACAGAUGAUUGGUACCGCGGCUACCUCGUCGCUCCUCCAUCACUGCUCGCCGGCCUGACCAGCGAUCGCGGCCAGCAAUUGGAGCAUCGCGUCUUCUCCGGCAUCUUUCCCGCCAAUUGCCUCGAGGUGCGUGAGUACUUGGGCGAGGGUCAGCAUGAUCUGCUGGAGAAUGGCGCCGAGGAAGAUGAGGAGUAUGAGCAAGACCCAGAACCACCCACCAAGCGUCAGAGCAAGAGCCAGGCAUUUGCGCGAAGAGCCAGCAGGAGGACGUCGCGGAAGAGCAAGACGAAGAGCAUCGUCAAGAAGCCGCGCCCCACCGCGGUGCCGCACCGCGAGCCGGAUGCGCCCAAGCCGCUUGCCCCUGUCCCCUUGCUGCGGGUGGGCGACGAGACGGGACUGUCGGCUGCAGAGCCCCUCGUGGACGAGAUCGCAUCUUGUCUCCGCGAAUGGCACGAUGCCCGCCUUCACGAGAUGCUCCUCGCUCGUGGCUAUAGCCAAUUGGCGAGAGUCCAGGACCUCAUCAGGAAGGUCGACAACAGCCGGAACCAACUCAUGCACGAUGUCUUGACCAGGAGAGAGCUUGCAGAGCUACGAGAAGAUACCGUAUGGGAUCUGGUAGCAGGCAACAAGAUGAUGAGCGACGAGGUCAUCGUGCGCAGCCCCGUCGAGAAGGGCCGCUUGUUGACCGCAGACGACUCCGUCAUUGAGAUGACCAAGCUGCAGGCCAACAUGAGCAUACUCGACAGGCCACCCAAGCCCGUGUUGGAGAAGCAUACGCUGCAUCAUCUGUUCGUCGACGUGCGUACACUCGUGUGUGAUUCAGAUCAGCCUGCUACCCUCCACAUGUUCCUCUGCUCCAAGAACUACGCCGAGAAGCCCACGCCGUUGAGCGAGAAUUACGCCAUCAAUGUUCCGAUUCCAGCCACGCCAUCGCAAACGCCCGAGGAUCAGAGCAAGACGCUCUAUGUGAAUUUGAGCAACACAGAUGUAGGUAUUGGAGCCGACAUGAGGUCACUCUACGUCGUCUUCAAGCUACUGAGGGACGAGCCCGUCCGACGUACAGUGCAUGGACAGGGCAUGACGCAUUCGCAGAAGCCUUCCCUCCUUCACAACGCGACGGGACUCGAGAAGGGGGCUGGCGCAAAGGGCAGGAGGAGUGUGUUUGGCAGCCAGAGGAAGAAGGACACUCAUUCGAGGAAUACUUCCGAGGCAGUAUCCAGGCCGGAGACUGCCCACUCCCAGCGCUCAGACAUGGACGGACGCUCAAGCAGCACGGCUUCAGAUGCUCCAGUCACCAGUGAGCUCAAGACUGUCAGAAGAGUCGUUGGCAUGGGUGCUCUGGACAUCACAAGAGUAGCCCAGAGCAAGGCUGAAUUCGAGAGGACGAUAUCGUUAUGGACGCCUUCGUCUGCUGCCGACGACCGAAGUGACGAGAGUGAGGACUGGGCUGAGAUCAUUCGCGAGCUUCAGGUCAGCCAAUCCGGCGGGUUUGCGCGUGUGGGGUUGAUCAAGAGGCUCGACGUCUUUGUCAAGGCGUUCGCAACCGCAGAUCUUGAUGGACUCAUCCGCGAAAGACCCAUGCUCCUGCACGAUUGCUUAAUGACUCCCAAAUUGGGCUUUUUGGGCGUGCCCAGUGAGCAGCGGAGCGAUAUCUACCUGACGCUGAGCGAACCCAAGCUGCUGCGCAAUGCGACGCUGGCCCAUUCGAAGUUUGGUGCUGUUCCGCUUCAGCAGCGCUGUCAGACGAGCCUUGCCAAUCUGCAGCUGACCCUGGAAGUACGCAAAGGAAAUGGAGAGCGCAUUGAUGACUGCAUCUUCACUGCAGCCAAUCAUCAGGCCCAUACCGCGUGGCGCACAGUCGCCAUUGAACGUGGGGAAGCCUGGAAUCAGACCAUCCGGCUUGCAAUACCUGCCGAAGAAGUUCCUGGCAGCCACGUGGUAAUGAGUAUUGCUGAUUCUCCUAACUUUCCGUUUGCUUUGGCAUGGGUACCGCUCUGGGAAUUCGAGGCUUUCGUUCGAGACGGCGACAAGCAGGUCGUUCUGUACGUCUACGACGAAUACUCAUCGAGCAUCAUAGGAGGCAAAGGCGCGUAUCUUGCUCUGCCGCCGUGGCACGACAAGUCCGAUCCAGCCCAACAAAACGCGGCUCUCGUGUCCCUCGGGACCUUCCUCUGCAGCACGGAGUACUCGCAAGAUCCCACAUUGCUCGGUGUCUUGCACUGGCGAAAGUACCACGGAGAGCAGCUGAUUGAAUUGCUGGAGCGAUUUCCCUUUGUACCGGAACUGGAGAUUGUGAAGCUCUUGAAGGAGGUCUUUAGCGCUCUCUUCGAGAUCCUCCAUGAAUAUGAGUCACAGGAAGAAUAUGAGGAUGUAGUGUUCUACAACUUCGUCGUAGUGCUGAGCAUUGCACGCGACAAGCGAUUCGAGCUGGGCAGCAUCAUCGAGGACUACGCAAUAACGAGACAUGACUGGCCAAGCGCGAGCAGGUGUCUGGUGAGAGCAUAUCAACGACUUGUAUCCAGCCCACUGGAUCCGGAUGCGUCUCGCAAGCUUCGUGCAACGUUCAAAGUCAGCGAACAGAUGCUGAAGCUCAUCGUCGAGACUACGCGAGAAUUGAGUACCACAAACGGAGCCACGGAGGACGAUGAAGAGGAAGAGGCCGUGUUGGACCCACGUUCGGAGCUGAAGGCCGAAUUGCAUAAGCUGUUUGUGGCCGUCAUGGCCCUGCUGCGUAACCCGAUGCCCGUGUUGCUAGGCACGCAGACACUGCUCAUACAACAUUUCCAUUCCUGGCUGCCUGAGCUCGAGCCCAUGAUGACGCCACAGGAGAUUCUCGAAAUCGCGACAGAUCUAAUGGACUCCUGCGCGCACGCGAGGGGUAGGAUGAUUCUGUACAGAUUGAUCUUGGUCAUCAACUACAGCCAUCUAGACGUGUUCAGGACACCAGAGACCUGGUCAACGUUGGUGGAGAACACCUUUCGCUGGCUUGCGCCCUACUGGGGUAACGUUGGGGAGGCCACAGAGCAAUGGCGAGACCAAGUUCGUUUGUGCUGCUCUGUAGUUGCUGCUCAGAUGGAGCAUCUGGGCGAAGAGGGCGGCCAGUAUGUUCCAAAACUUACCGAAUCGUUCGCCGUGCUUCAGAGGGAGCCUCGCCAUCCCAAGCGCGUCUUCAGCAUGCUGUUUCCGACGACCUUUCCCUUUCCGACGCGACAAACUGCCCAGUCAAUCGAUGUGGAUGAAGCUAUGCUGGAGAUAUCAGCCCUUCUGGCCGCGGCGUUGGCAUCUGGAAGGAAGCUCUGCCUUGGUCCGAAUCAAGUUGAUGUUCCGGAGGUUAUACUGGAUUCCUUGAAAGUCGGCCAGAGCAUUCUCUGUUGCGAGGCGUUUCCGCGCAGCUGGCUUAGCUUGCUAGUCAGUCAUCAUAGGCACGGCAUGACCGCUCUCGAGCGAAUAUCAGAUUCCCUCAUUGAAUCCCUGCCGGACUUCUCUUCAGACGCGAGUGAGGCAUUUGAGUUCGACACAACCUUGUGGCGGGCCUUCUUCAACACCUUGUUUGCAGCCCUGGGAAGCCCAGCACUUGCAAUGGAGACAUUCCCGGAGCAGAAGCGCAGGGCGGUGUGGAAGAUUGCUGGCGAUGUACGAGAGCUCGGCGCGAAUCUGCUCAGGCGGAGCUGGGAAGCGAUUGGGUGGGAUACUGACGAGGAGACACAUCGACUUCACGGAUUCCAGAAAAUGGGCGGCUAUCAGGUGCAGUUCGUGCCCGACUUCAUCGCGCCCAUCGUCGAGCUGUGUCUCAGUGUGCACGCAAGCCUUCGGGCUGUUGCGAUUGAGGUUCUGCGCUCCAUGAUCAUUGGGGCUUGGCAGAUUGAUCAGGACCUUUCCAUCAUCCAGGGCGCCAUGGUUGACUGUCUGGACAAGUUAUGCAGGACCAAGACCAUCACGGAGAGCCUACUGCAAAAGACUUUCGUGCCGGAGAUGCUGGAACAGUUCCGUUCGUUGCAGCGGACCAUCGAGGACAGUCUGUACAUUGCAGUGCAAGACAUGUUCGGCAAGAUCGACGACUUGCUUGUCAUGCUCGCCAACGUCCACCAAGGCGGUGCCAUCAGCGAUGCCAGCCGGCUUGUCGAGACACUGAACCUGAUGCAAUUUCUCAAGGAUGUGCAGUCUGAGGAGGCGCACACCCGAUAUGUCCAUCAGCUGGCGGAAAUGCAAAAUUCGCAAGGAAACAUUACAGAGGCUGGCAUGGCCUUACAGAUGCAUGCAGACCGCCUCGACUGGGACCCGGUGACUAUUCUGCCAGCAAUGAGAGACACCCAGAUGCCAUCACAGACAGCGUUUGAGCGCAAGGAGCAGCUCUACUUUCGCAUCUGCCAGCAUUACGAGAAGGGCCGGUCGUGGAAACGAGCGCUGGUCGCCUAUCGUGAGCUCGCGGUUCAGUACGAGCUCAACGUUUUUGAUUUUUCUAAACUUGCCAGAGCACAGCGAGCCAUCGCGAGCAUCCAGGAGCGUAUUGCAAAGGGUGAUCGCACCAAUCCUCGCUACUUUAGAGUAGUGUACCGUGGUCUCGGCUUUCCGCCAACUCUGCGCGAUAAGCAAUUCAUCUUUGAAGGACAUCAAAGCGACAGAUUUGCCGUGUUCGAAGACCGUAUGCAACAGCUUCAUCCAUCCGCGAAGAUCUUGCGACGAGUCGGCGAGUUGCCGGAGGUCGAAGGCCAAUUCCUGCAGAUCUUCGCAGUCAGUCCUAACAAAGAUAUCGAGCACAUGGUCUACCAGCGCAUCAAAGUCUCUCAGGCCGUCCGAGAGUACAAUCUCACGUCGAAUCCUCGCAGAUUCGCGACGACGUCCAGGCAGCCUGCUCAAGAUGUGCCGAUUACCGAGCAGGUGGUUGAGAAGGUGGUCUAUACUACUGCGGAGGAGUUCCCUACCAUCCUUCGUCGCAGCGAGAUUGUCCACGUGGAGACAGUCACACUGCUACCUGUUGAAGCCGCUAUUGAGCGGACGACGAGGAAGACCCAGGGAUUGCUAGCUCUCGAAAAGCGUAUUGCCAGCGGCGAGGACGAGGGCGCGAUCACGAGAUUGACAGAGGACUUGAUGAGCUCUGUGGACCCUCAGUCGGAUAGCAGUGUCUCUCGCUACAGAAGCCUUUUGCCUGCUUCCGAGAUGGCCGACAACACUUCCGGCGAGUUCGAUCUUUCGGUGUAUGGCAAAGAACAGGCCCUCGACUCGACGCAGAAUGCCUUGAAAGUCGCAUUACUCGACCAUGCACUUGCUAUCCGGAGGUGUCUGGCGCUAUACAAGAAACCGGAUCUCUUACCCACCCGUGCCGAAUUGAUCCCUCGAUUCGAAGCAUCCUUCGCACAUGAAAUCGCUACUCUGUGGCCUCAAAAAACCAUCGUAGACGACAACAUCACCCCACGAUCUUCCAUUGAGCAGAUCACCCGUAUUCCCGCCGGACAACUCGCCGCCACCGCGGGCGCCGCCAAUCAGGAAGACUCUCAGAUGGAAGCAGACCGCAGUCGACCCCAACGGAGAAUGUCUCUCAAUUUUCUCCGUCGGAGGUCUUCCGUUUCGCGCUCUGGCCGUGAGGAAGGAGGCGGGGUCAAACCGGAAUCUCGUGGCGGGAGUCGGACGAGGGAUAGGAGUCUGAGUCGUCUGAGUUUCUUCCGGAAUCAUUCGGAUCAGCAGGAAGCGGGGAGGAAUAGUGUCGGUGGGGGGUUGAGGCGGAGGUUGAGUUUCCUGGGGAACGGGAACGGGAAUGGGAAUGUGGAGCAGCAGGAAGAUGGGACAGGGGGAGGGAGGUUGGUCGAUGGGGGUUUUGGGUAUAAGAGUGUGGUGUGA